AUGCCUCUCGUCGUCCCCGGUAUCAACUCUACUCCCGACGCUAAGUCCGACUGGGCAAAUAAGCUGAUGGGCAAGAAACUGAGUGACGCGACUAGCGAUGUCAACACGUUUGCGAAGAAGGACCUGCCGGAGUCGCAUCGAGUGCUAAAGCCAGGUGAUAUGAAGACGAUGGAUCAUCAGCCGAAGAGACUCAAUAUCCAUGUCGGUGAGGAUGGGACUGUUCACGACGUGAAUUAUGGUUGA